AUGGCCUCCGGCACUGAGGAAGAUACAUUGAAUAGGGAGGAGAAUGGCUCUGACUCGGAUCAUCUUUCAAAGGAACCGAUCGCGGUGCCUGCACUGGACUGGGAUGGGCCCACCGAUCCAAACAACCCGCGCAACUUCUCUACGCCCAAGAAAGUGUUCAUCACUGCCUGCUUGGCCUCGCUAGUAUGCAUCGCUACCUUCGGCUCGUCCGUGAUGAGUCCUGCUAGUGGCCAGCUCAUCCACGAGUUUGGUAUAUCCAAAGAGGUAUCGGUUCUAGCAACGGCUCUGUACGUUCUAGGGUUUGCAUUUGGGCCCUUAAUAUUUGGCCCAGCUUCGGAGGUUCUGGGCCGAAAAUAUCCACUAAGCGUCGGCGUCUUCCUGUUCGGUAUUUUCAGUAUCCCAAUCGCCGUUGCUAAGAAUGUCGCCACCAUAUUCGUCUGUCGCUUCCUCUGCGGGACCUUCGCGGCUGCCCCGCUGGCUAUUGCUGGGGGCGGUCUCGCCGAUCUCUGGGAACCCCUCUCGCGGGGUAUUGCCGUGGCUGGCUUUGCUAGUGCUACAUUUCUGGGACCCGUGCUAGGUCCUAUUGUGGGCGGCUUCGUCACCAAGUCACAUUUGGGAUGGCGGUGGACGCAGUGGCUUUGUGUCAUUUUCUCUCUCGUCUUUCUUGCCAUUUACUUCGUCUGCUGUCCUGAAACGUACAGCCCUGUCGUCCUCGCUCGAUUGGCAAAGAAGAGAGGAUAUGUGCCCCCGGGGGGCAAGGUCGACUUCAAGCAGCUCGCCAGAGUCUAUAUGCUAAGGCCAUUCAUCAUGCUCGUACAGGAGCCUAUCUUAGCUCUGUUAACGCUGUACAUGGGAUUCAUUUACGGUUUCUUGUAUCUCUGCUUCGAGGCAUUCCCCAUCGCCUUUGAGGAACAUCGUGGCUGGGAUAUCGGUACCGGGUCUCUCCCCUUUCUCUCCAUCACGGUUGGUGUGCUCAUUGGCGUUGUCAUCAUUAUCGUCCAUACUAUGACCCGUAUGCGGAGAAAGUUAGAGACAGUGGGAGAUGCACCAGAAGAGCGUCUUGUGCCCAUGAUGAUUGGCAGUAUUUUGAUGCCUGCAGGCAUAUUUUGGUUUGCCUGGACUUCUAAUACCUCCAUACCCUGGGCUCCACAGGUGGUAUCUGGGGUAUUUAUCGGUUGUGGGAUUCUCUUGAUUUUCUUACAGGGCAUGAACUAUAUCAUCGACGUCUACAAGGUAAUGGCCAACUCGGCAAUUUCGAUCAACGCCAUGUUCCGGGGUCUCCUAGGUGCCGGUUUCCCUUUAUUUGCCUCAUAUAUGUUUGAUAACCUUGGUGUACCAUGGGCUAUGUCUUUGCUGGGAUUUCUGUGUGUCGCUCUAGUUCCUGUCCCAUUUUUAUUCUUCAUUUAUGGAGAGAGAAUUCGGAAGUGGAGCAAGUUUACAGCUCAUUAG